GCCGGGGACGGCCGGGGAGGCGGCGCCGGCCGGCGGGGCGGGGGCCCCGAAGUGGGUUUCGGGCCGCCACCAGCGCUGGCACCCGGCGCAGAGGGCGGCGCGCGGCAGACUCCGCGCCUGGGCACCGCACGGGGCCGCCUCUGGCUCUGCCGCUCUGCCCCGGCCCGGAAAACCCGGCGCCUUCCAGGCCCUUCGAAAGAUGGAUUCUGUUGACGUAUCUGGCGGCCCUGGAGAGCCGGGUGGAAAGUUGGGUUUUGCCAGAUCGCGUUGGGCUCGCCUUUGUGACGCUCGGCCAGCCCCGCAACCUCCUGGAGCCGGGUGGAGUGGCGUCAGAGGCGAGUGAUGGACAAUCUGCAGUCACAGAACCUCUCCAUGGACAUGGCCGACUCCUCUCCUGCCUUGACCAAUAACAGACUGGAGAACGGCAUGGCCCAGCUGAUCACCACCGAGGCCUGGAACAUCAACUCCACAGACCUGGUAAAGAAGGCCCUGGUGACGGUGCCGGCUCCAUCCAUUCUGAACCCCCCAGCCGAGUCCCAGAGUGGCAUGGCUCUAAAGGUGGCGGCCACUGUGCUGCAGCCCCUGUGCCUUGGGGAGACCCCAGUGGUGAUGCCCAUUCACAUGCAGGUGGAGGGAAGUUCCACGCCCGAGCUCAACCCUAACGGCAAUGCCACCUAUGUUAUGACCACACAGGGCCCCAUGCAGCUGCCCGUGGUGCUGGAGCAGCAUGUCUUUCAGCACCUCAACUCCCCUCUGGUCCUGCCGCAGGAGACCCCAUGCUCUUCCAGUGCCAUCCACAACAACCUCUUCCAGGCAGCCGAGGACCCCGAAGCCCAGCCCCAGCUCCUGGACUUGCGCAUCCCCAGCCAGCCUCAGGAGCCCACGUUGCCAUUUGAAGCUGUGCUCCAGAAUUUGUUUCCCUCACAGGGUUCUCUGGGCCCCCCACCCUGUCAGCCUCCUCCUGGAUAUGCCCCGGUGCCCCCCCAGCCCUUUAAUCCCCCCUUGUCUCCCCUGGUCCCACCAGCCACCCUUUUGGUGCCCUACCCUGUGAUCGUCCCCUUACCGGUGCCCAUCCCUAUUCCCAUCCCCAUCCCAGUGCCUCAGAGUUCUGAGUCCAAGUUCAGCCCCAGUUUCUCCAAGCCGCCAUCUUCCUUCGGCCUGCACCCCUUUAAAGGCACCCAGACUUCUGUGGAGAACGAGGAAUUGAAGCCCUUCAACAUCCUCCAGCCCAAGGAGUAUUUUCAGCUCGGCCGCCACACGGUCAUCAAGAUGGGGAGUGAAAACGAGGCCCUGGAUCUCUCCAUGAAGUCAGUGCCCUGGCUCAAGGCUGGCAAAGUCACUCCCCAGAUCUGCCAGGAGGAUGCAGCCCUAGACCUGUCGCUGGCAGCCCACCGGAAAUCUGAGCCUCCUCCUGCCACUCUGUAUAACAGCAGCAGGUCAGUGGACAGCCCAUGUCACAUGGUGAUGGAGAAGCGGCCCAGAGGCAUGGAAAUGCCCUUUGUCCCUGCCACGACCUAUGAGGCUUCGGCCAUGAUGAAUAGCCGCAUACGCAGCAAUGACGCUGCCCAGCUGCUCAGCCAGCCCAGCCAGCCCAGCAGCGAGGUCAAGGCUGAAAAUAACAUUGAGAUGGUGAGCGAGUCCCAGGCGUCCAAGGUGAUUGUCUCAGUGGAAGAUGCCAUGCCUACCAUCUUCUGUGGCAAGAUCAAAGGUCUCUCGGGUGUGUCCACCAAAAACUUCUCCUUCAAAAGAGAAGACUCCGUGUUUCAGGGCUAUGACAUCAAUGGUCAAGGAGAAGAGUCCAUGGGAAACACAGAGGCCCUUAGGAAAUCUGUGAAAAACCGGAGCAUAAAGUUCAAGAAAGUGAACUCCCAGGAAAUACACAUGCUCCCGAUCAAAAAACAACGGCUGGCCACCUUUUUUUCAAGAAAGUGAAUAAUGGCUUUUAAAAGUUUUUACGAUUAUAAUAUGAGGAAAGGUGCAUUGGUUUUAUAAAAAGGCAUUUUAAAACAAAUUAUCUUUGUUAAUUAUUUUGGGGAGUAGUUGGGAAGCAGGAAGAUGAAUUGGUUCUAGAGGCCUGUAAGCUAGUAUCAUUUUCUUUUUUAAUUUUUGACUUUUCACAAAUGAGUAAAUAAGAGCAACCUAUUUUUCAAGCAGAUUGCACAUUUUUUGCAGCUUUAAUGGAAUAUUGGGUGAAUCAGAGGGGUAAAAAAGCUAUUUUCAUUGCCACAAAGUGCUUUGAUGAUGUAAUACCUAAUAAAGGGUAGGAUGAAUAUUUCACAAUAAAUGUUUGUUUGCACUAAUUGGUUGCAGCAUUCUAUCAUUUUUAAAUUUUGCAUUCCUUAACUGGCAUGGUUUGGCCCAAACUGUUGCUUGCAAAGCCCUACAAGUUCUGGCAAAAAAGAAUUCCAUUGGCCUCAGCCCCCACAAAAGGACGAUUAGGAAUAUGUAUGACCUUGAGCAAGUCGCUCGCCCUUCUAGGCCUCAGUUUCUUCAUUUGUAAAAGUGUGGCAAAGGCGUUGGGGGUGGGGAGGUGUUUUAAGUCCCUGUUCACAGAGACACUGGUGUGUAGAAUUCUGUGUCUAAACAUUUCUGUAGACAAAAAAAAAAAAAAAAAGCCCCUGAAAGGGAGAUUUACCUGCUUCCUCCAUACCCCACUCCCAGAAUUUAGCUGGAAAGGACCUUUUUCAAGGGUAAUAAGAGCAUUGUUCUGAAUGACUGAAAGUCUUGCAAGUCAAAAGUAUUACCGAAGGCCACUCAGAAUGAGAGGAAAGUUUGUUGUCAGUGGAUGAGGAGAUGUCUCUUAAAUGUUCCCUGGCCCUGGGUAGAUAUUGGGGAAUGGGGUUCAGAAGGCAAGAGAACAUCAUUUCUUGUGAGUUUACCCCAGUGAUUCUCACCAAGGGGUGACCAUGACCCCCCAGGGAACAUCUGGCAAUACCUGGAGACAUUUUGAUUGUCACAGCUGGGGCAGAGGGUGCUACUGGCAUCGGGUGGGUAGAGACCCGGGAUGUUGCUAAACAUCCCACAAUGCACACGAGAGCACCCACCACAGAGAGUGACCCUGACCCAAAUGUCACUAACGCCGAGGCUGAGAACCCCUGGUUUAGCCAUUUCUUGAUGGUCGGAAGGGAUGCAUCUAAAGCCACCCACACAAAAGAGGAAUGGUGAGUGUACAUUUCAAACAGACCUGCUAGGUGGCACAUCACGCUGGUGUCUGAAACUGUGCUGGCAAGAGACUGAUUAUGGCAUGCCUGCUUUUAAACUUAAAGCUCUUUCUUUCACUUCUUGCAAUUAGUAUGUAUCCAGCUGUUGCUGUGAACACGAACAGGAGGAAAA